CAGUGCUUGUCUGAGUGUACACAACUACUAGAUCAGCUGCCGGAUUCUUCACGUGUCAAUCAGUAGUACCUCGUUAGUACUCAAAGCCCGCUUCCGUUCCGUCAACCUGCCUCACCAAGCAACAUUUGCAUUCCCAUCUUUAUUGCGUACACAUUCGUCUUUUGCUCAGAAGAGAAUAGUAGUUCAGGCACAAUGUUACCUCCCAACAUUACCAACAAUAUUUCAUCUCUCUUCUCAGAGGCUCACGUGUUCUCACAGCCGUUGUUAGAUGGGCUGUCAACCUCUCCGUUAACUGUGCCUGUGUCGUUGGUGUCCGCACUGAGCCUCGGCUACUUGGCAAACAAGAUUCUAGUCAGCAGGGCUCUGAAUCAUGGCACGAAAGCGUAUUUUGAUUGGGACAAAGAGAUUGUGUUGGUAACUGGAGGAUCAGGUGGCAUUGGAGGCGAGACUGUGCAGCAGUUGGCCGAGAAGGGUAUUCGCGUGGUUGUUCUUGAUGUGCUUGCUUUGACCUACAAGGCUCCAUCAAAUGUUUACUACUAUAAAUGCGACCUUACGAAUUACGAGCAACUACAGGAGGUAGCUGGAAAGAUUAGGCGGCAAGUCCCAUCAUCUCAACAUUCAAGUAUUCCUGGCUGCUGGCUAGCGACGCAUUAGUGAAGUUGGCGAUCCUACAGUAGUUGUGGCGAAUGCAGGUGUCUGUCGUGGAAAGCCUCUAUUAAAGGCCGCUAAAAAGGACGUCGAACUGUUAGUACACUAAGUUCUGUGUGGUGAUUAUAAGCUCUCAGCCACAGGUCUCAACUGCAAAUAACACAUCUAGCUCACUAUUUAGACAUUAU